AUGGGAGUCAAGCGCUCACACCGCGACUCGUCGUCGUCAGACCAAGGCAGCACACCGUAUUUGCGUGAGACGUCGGCCGACGUCAAGAUAGUCCAGCUCGACACCGAUUGCGCCGUGUCGGACGAGGACGCCGUUAUGAAGUGCUCGCUGCCCCCGCACGACCCGCUGACGUUUGCGUCGAUUGAGGAGCACGACGUGCACUAUCGCCAGGUGCACAUGAACCGCUGCAGCGAGUGCCAGAAGAACUUCCCAGACCAGCAUUACCUGCACCUGCACAUUGCAGAGUACCAUGACCCCAUCAAUGCAGCCAAGCGGGACCAGGGCGAGAAGACGUAUGCCUGUCUCCUGCCAGACUGCGAUCGCCUGUGCAGCACGCCCCAGAAGCGCCGCUUGCACUGUAUAGAUAAGCAUCAGUUUCCCCGCGAGUACGAUUUCAUCGUUGUCAAGGAUGGCAUAGACAGGCGAAGCAGCAUGCUGAUACCUGCUCACCGACGGCGAAGCUCGACUCUGAGCUCCGCCGGUGGAGGCAACGGAGCGGCUGGAAGGCGGAGAGGUGAGUCGACUUCAAGCACAGCAGGUGACAGUAUGGACGUGGUCCGCGACGGAGACGAGGAUAAUGCACAGCACGUACAGGACGACGGAGAGACGCGACGCUAUCCCACCAGGCUCCGUGGGCGUGGAGGGUUUGGCCGUGGUCAGGGCACUGGGCGUGCGAUUGGGCGCGGAGACCCGCAAGCGUCGCCGCCUCGCAAGACGAUGCCAGCCACACGAACCGCAGAUCCCAUGGACAGUCUGGCGUCGAGCAUGUCGGCCCUCAAGUUCGUCCCACACAGUGUGCGCGUGGCACGCCACAGGGGAAGAGGGACGGUGGUCUAAGGGUUGCUGGGCAUAUGGCAACGCGAUAAAUCAAGGGUCCCUGCAUUCUCCUCAUCUCCAGUGUAAGCGAUGCAUGUGACGGGCGUAUGUCUUGCAGGUUUCUUUUUGGGUCAACAUAUUUCCUGUGUCCUUGUUGCAUGAUUGUGGGCCAUGUGGCUUUGACAGGAUAACAAUGCAGCGUUGCCACUUACACGCUCUAGCCAGACGAGCACAGAUGCAAUGUAGCCAUGUGGUAGGAUUCGCGCGCCGUGGUGGCAAUUAGAGUAACG